AUGACAUCAGUUGUACCACUGAAGGAGAAGAAGCUCCUGGAUGUCAAAUUAAAGGAGCUGCCUAGCUGGAUAAUAAUGUGGGGUUUCAUCCCUAAAGGCAUUGCUGGAGCGUUUCAAAGAGGUUAUUACUGGUAUUACAACAAGUAUUUCAAUGUGAAGAAAGCGAGCAUCGCUGGGCUUUCUAUGGUGCUGGCAGCUUAUGUGAUUUUCAACUACUGCUGUUCUUACAAGGAACUUGAACAUGAGCAGCCACGUGAGUACCACUGA